ACGGGGAGCAGGACGGGGAGAAGAGCCCAGAGCAGCGCUGCCAGAGCUGUGGGAGAGAGGCCAUGGAGCAGUACUUCUCAGCCACCCAGAAGAUGGAGCAGGAGGUGAUGUUCCCCAGCUUGCUCCGAGGGGUCUUCCCGCAAGAGGAGGGGGCGGCCCUGGCCGCAGGCAGCCACACAGACCUCUAUGAGCGCUACCAGCUGCUCAAGUCCAUCAAGCCCAUGGUGGAGAAAGGCCUGGCCUCUGUCAACGACCAGAGCCCGACUGGCACUGACGCUGAAAAAGCUUUAGAUGAGGGUGCAGACAGCAAUCUGGAGGAGCGCCUCUCCCAUCAUGUCAACGGCUUGCAGCAAGUUCUGACAGACCUCACCAAAAACACCAAAGCCCUCACCCGGAGGUACAGCCAGAUCCUGGAGGAGAUCAACCUCAGUGAAGAUCAUUCCAGCUCUUGAGCCUGCACUCCCUGCCUCCGAGGGUGAUCUGUUGUCUGCAGCCCAGUGGCACUUUUUUUCCUGCGCCAGGUCCCACUAAGGAACGCCCUUUGUGAGCAGUGCAGAGCUUGGCCCGUACCCGCCGAGCACUGCCCGUACCAUCCGACUCGUCCUGUGGCUGAUCCUGCCAGCAAGCCUGCUGCUUCAUUUCACUCCUGUCCCAGGGGGAUUUCUGCAGAGCGGAAAUGAGUGUUUUGUGUUGUUGCUUUGUGGAAGGCAGCUGUAACUUUGAAGAGAUGCCUUUUUCUGUGUGUGCCUAAUCCUGCCCCCCCGCAACUGGUCUCUUUGAUAAUGUAAAUGAAAUGUAAAGCCUUGUGCA